AUGCAAGUUUGGAUGCAGCAACAUAUGAUUCAACUUCUUGAUGGUUCACUCAAAGAAGACAGGGUUUACAAAAACAAAGAAGAGAAGGUUGAUGAAGAGGUUUGGAUGUUUGAUUACACAAAAGAACUUGACGAGGCAAUAGUGCAAGAACCGAGAAGAGCAUUGAAAUUCCACGAAAUGUUGUUGAAGAUGGGGUGA